AUGGCCGAGGGGGACGCCGCCCUGACCUGCGAGCCGCCCGCCAGCGGGCAGGAGGAGCGUCCGUACAAGUGCAAGCAGUGCCCGCGGAGCUACCGCCACGCCGGCAGCCUGGUGAACCACCGGCGCACCCACGAGGUGGGCCUCUUCUGCUGCCUGCUGUGCCACAAGGACUUCUCCAACCCCAUGGCUCUCAAGAGCCACCUGCGCACCCACACCGAGGAGAAGCGCUACAAGUGCCGGGACUGUGGGCGCAGCUUCCGGGCCUUCUCCCAGCUUACUGGCCACCACUGCCUGGCUCGUGCCACCCGGGACCAGGAGGGGGAAGAGGGCUGCAACGGCGGGAGCUACACCUUCCAGAGGGGCCAGGACACAUCUUCGUCGGACGCUGAUACCUUUUCCGGGAUGGAAGGCAGCAGCGGGAGCUUGCUGAGCAACCUAGAGAAGUACAUCGCCGAGUCGGUGGUGCCGGCUGACUUUUCUCAGCUGGAGUUCCCUAUCCGGGGGGAACAGGAGGCAGAGGAGCCACUCCCGAUGGAGGAGGAGGAGGAGGAGGAAGAGGCAGGGCUCCAGGCCGCUGCUUCAGACGAGCGCCGCUUCAAGUGCAACCAGUGCGACAAAGCCUACAAGCACGCUGGCAGCCUGACCAACCACAAGCAGAGCCACACGCUGGGCGUGUACCAGUGCGGCAUGUGCCACAAGGAGUUCUCCAACCUCAUGGCUCUCAAGAGCCACACUCGCCUCCACUCGGAGUACCGGCCCUACAAGUGCCGCUUCUGCCACAAGGCCUUCCGGCUCCCCUCCGAACUGCUGAGCCACCAGAAAGCCCACGACGAGGACCCGAGCCAGGCAGAGAGCCUGCCGGCCUGGGAAGGCUCGGAGCAGGGCGUGUGGGAGGAGGACUCCAUAGAGACCUCAGCGAAGCUGGACAUCUACCAGCCUCCGCCGGCAGGAACAACACACUUUGGAGACGGCGUCCCCUGCAGCCUGAAAGACGCUUCCAAAGCAGGGGGCGGCGAGCGCUGCAACCCGGACGGGGAGCUUUGCGUCCGCUGCGGUGGAGCUUUUGCCAACGAUGAGGAGCUGAAGGGGCACAGCUGCCUCUAUCCGGAGGAAGCUGACGAAGAGGAGGAGGAGGAAGGCAGCAGUCCAUUGCUACCGGCGCCCGGCUCCAAUGGAGCCUGGGAAGCGAGUUUGAAAGGGGAGGGCGGCUAUGCCGCGUUCGAGGAGCGGCCCUUCCGCUGUGGCGAUUGUGGCAGGACUUACCGGCACGCGGGGAGCCUCAUCAAUCACAAGAAGAGCCACCAAACCGGGGUGUACAGCUGCAGCGUCUGCUCAAAGCAGCUGUACAACUUGGCCGCCUUGAAAAACCACUUGCGGGUCCACCUCAAGUCCAAGCUUGGUUCGUCGGCUCCGGAAGAGGCCUCCCAGCACGCAGCUGGCCUCCCAGGCCCGCCGAGACUGGAAGACAGUUCCACGGACUGCCAUCCACAGCCACCAGAAGCCUGGAGAGGAGCCUCCUGUCCAAAGGAAGAGGAGGAAAGAGGCGCCGGAGAUGAAGAGCGGCCGUACCGGUGCACGGACUGUGGGAGGAGUUACCGGCACCGCGGCAGCCUUGUGAACCACCGCCACACCCACCAGACCGGGGUCUUCCAGUGCUCCAUCUGCCCCAAGCAGUACUCCAACCUCAUGGCGCUCCGGAAUCACGUCCGCGUGCAUCUGCGGGCAGCCCGCCUGCGCGGCCGGGAGCAAGGGGGUGGCUUGACAUGCAGCAGCUGUGGGGAGAGCUUCGAGGAGGAGGCUGAGUUCCAGCUCCAUCAACUACGCCACCUGCCAUGUACGGAAGACAUAGAGGUGGCGGCAAUCCCCAGACUGGGGAUCUUUCUCCCGCAGGAAGCUGAUCUCCUCCAGGCUAUCAGGCAGGAUGUGGAAGCUCUGGAGAACGGGACGGCUGUUGUCGAGGACGUCCUGCCUUCUUCUGAGAUGGCGCAUGCCUGCCCCCAGUGUGGGAUGACCUUUGCCAGCGUGGACGGACUGCAGAACCACACCCUCCAGCACAGGAGCGAAGGGGAGUGGUCCGAAGGGACAGCCGAAAGGCCCGAAUCGCCCAUCCAGCGGCUCUAUGGGUGCGAUCAGUGCGGCAAGUCGUACCGGCACUCAGGGAGCCUCAUCAACCACAAGCAGACUCACCAGACAGGCGACUUCAGCUGCUCGCUUUGCGGGAAGCACUUCCAGAAUGUCGCCUCCCUGAAGAGCCACUUGCGUGGGCAUCAGAGGCCUCGGAGGGGACCAUCGGGGGUUGCCGUGGCUACAAACGAGGAGGAGGAUGCUGAAGAUGGAGCCACUGUGCCUGGGGCGUUGUUCUCAGGUGACGAAUUCCAAGACACCUACAGCAUUCUAGAAGAAGGCGCUGCCAUGAACGGCUGGCCGUCCCAAUCGGAAGCCCCCUCGCCAUUGCGUGGCGACGUUGAGGUGCUCCCCUACCUCUGCGAGCAGUGUGGGCUCGGCUUCAACCAGGUGAGCAGCUUGAUGAGUCAUAAGGAAACCCACCAGCUUGGCAUCUACCAGUGCUCCCUCUGCCCCAAGGAGUAUCCCAGUCUUCUGGCUUUGAAAAACCACUUCCAUGGUCACACCAAAGCCACAGCGUCUGGCUGGGGCAGCCCUGGUGGGGAUGGCAGCACCGAAGAGCAGCCCUUUCUCUGCAGCCUCUGUGGCAUGAUCUUCCCCAGCGAGGAGGACCUCGAGCGCCAUCACAGCCUCCUGCACGAAGAGGGCGAACAACAGGGGGAGGAGCAGGAGGCGGUGCUCGAAAGAGAGGCGGGCGAACGGCUGGACAGGGCAGGUGACCAGGAAGAGGAGCAGCUCCUCUCUCACAUCUGCGGCUAUUGCGGCCAGACGUUUGACGAUAUGGCCAGCUUGGAAGAACACAGCGAGGGGCACCAGGAGGAGAAGGCCGCCGCCUUGGCUGACACUUCGAUCCAGCUCCGACGAGCCCCACGCCUGGAGGAGGAACAGGAGCCUCCGCCCCCAACAGAAGCGCCGGCUACUGCCAUCGAACCCCUGGACAGCCGGCCUUACGCCUGCGGCCAGUGCGGCAAAACUUACCGGCACGGCGGCAGCUUGGUCAAUCACAAGAAGAUCCACCAGAUUGGAGAUUACCAGUGUGGCUUCUGCUGCCGGCAAUACCCCAAUCUGUCUGCCUACCGGAACCACCUCCGGAACCACCCGAGAUGUAAGCUGAACGGCAGCGUGCCGGAACUCCGGCAAGCAGACCCUGCGGGAGCAGGGGUUCCGCCUGUUGGUUGCGAGGCGCCGAAGGAGGAGUCCCUUGACGGGAGGGCUGUGGCACAGCAAAAGGGGGAAGAUCUGCCAAACACUUCCUCCUCCCCUCUCCCCUCUCCCGUCGUGGAGGAAAAAUCAGGACAGGAAGCGUUGGCUGCUGGCCAGUCUGAGGAGAAAGAUAUCCAGGCAUGUGGUGUCUGCGGGGAGGCCUGUGAGGGACUAGCUGGCCUGGAGGCCCACCGGGCUCUACAUUUUGACCAAGAGACUGGAAAAGUGGAGGGAGAAGAAAACGGCGGUCCGUCUGCUGAAGAGGAGGGCUCCCCUUUGGAGCGCCCCUUCCAGUGUGACGUUUGCGAGCGGAGCUACAAGCACGCAGGCAGCCUGAUCAACCACAAACAGACACACAAGACCGGCCUGUUCCAUUGCGGCGUCUGCCAGAAGCAGUUCUUCAACCUCAUGGCCCUCAAGAACCACAACCGCACCCACUUCGAAACCAAACGCUACCGCUGCCCCGAGUGCCCCAAGGCCUUCCGGCUCCAGAAGCAGCUGGCCAGCCACCAGCGCGUCCACCGCGAUCGGAAGCGGGACCUCUCCUCCUCCCACCCUCCCCGGAGGUCCGCUCACGCCAAGCGGGCGGGCAAGGGGGCCAAUCCGGCCCACUCUCUCAGCAGCGCCACCAAGCGCCGCCCGGACCCUGAAGAGCGCCCUUACCGGUGCGAGGAGUGCGGGCGCACAUACCGCCACGCGGGGAGCCUGCUCAACCACCAGAAGAGCCACAAGACGGGGCACUUUGCUUGCUCGCUGUGCAGCAAGGCCUACCCCAACCUCAUGUCCCUCAAGAACCACCAGCGCAUCCACUACGAAGUGAAACGCCACCGGUGCCUGGAUUGCGGCAAGGCCUUCAAGUGGCAGCGGCAGCUUCUGCGGCAUCAGCGCAGGCCUCACCCGUGCGGCCAGAGCGCUCCAGGGCAAGAGCGAGAGGGGAGUCUGGCCGCUCCCCAAAGGGAGCAGGGGGGCAGCGGCCCAGGGGAGGCCCCUCCGGGCUCUUUCCAGUGCCAGACGUGCCCCAAACACUUCCCCAACCGCGCCGCUCUGAGGAACCACAGCCGCGUCCACGCAAAGAAACGCUUCCAGUGUUCGGAGUGUGGCAAGCCUUACCGAGCGUCUCGGAGCCUCAAGCGCCACCUGAGGAGACACCAGUCCGAGGCGGCAGCGGAUGUCGCUGAAGAGAAAGCGGCCGAUCCCUCGUCUUCCUCCUGUUGUGCAGAAGCAGCAGCCGGCCAGCCGCCGGACGAGCGGCCCUACAAGUGCAACAGUUGCGAGCGGACAUACCGCCACGCCGGCAGCCUCCUCAACCACAAGAAGGCGCACGCCACCGGCCUCUACCGCUGCCCCACCUGCCAGAAGGAGUUCCACAACCUCCUGGCCCUCAAGAAUCACCUCCACGUCCACACGGACAAGAGGCGCCACCGCUGCCCCCGCUGCGGCAAAGCCUUCCGGACCGCCCGCCGCUUAGCCGCCCACGCCAAGGCUCACGGCGGCCUCAAGGAGGAAGGGCCUUUCUCCUGCGCGGUCUGCUCCAAGGGGUUCUCCCACCAGCUCAGCUUCCGGCAACACCUGCUGUCGCAUGCCAAGGAUGGCGGGCACCCUGCUGCUAGGGGCAGUGCUCCGGGGGACGUGAGCUGAGGGCGGGCAGCCCGUGUGGGGACCACGUGUGCCAAGGAUGGUAGGGCAGGGACCUCCAACUGCAGGGAAAUUUGAAAGGCUGGGUGGGGAGCCGUACCCCUGGGAUCAGUUGUCCAUGCAUUGGGGUGGGGGGAAGGAAGAGGGUCAGGGAUACCCAGUGGGUGAAAAUAUGGAGGAAAUUGGGUGCACAACCCCCCAUUCUCUGUAGAACACCAGGGGCCAAAGACACUGAGGGGUGGGGCAAACUUUCGAUGGAAUGUUGUAUUGAGCACUCCAAUGACGCCUCUUUUGUGUCACUUGGAAAUGCUCCCCUCCGGCAACCUGUACCUUCAUAAGCUUGGAUCCCGUUUUGAGAACUGAAUUUUAGCUCCCCUCGGAACCUUUCAGGCAUGUGCUUAAACCCCAUACUGAUUUGAGUUUUCAAACUGUUUUUUAUACUUCUAAAAUCCAUUUUGAAAGUCAGAUGAGUUAGCAAGUUUGUGUUUAAGUAUGGUAUGGUAUUUAAAGUCCUGGGUUUUUUAAUAAAAACAAAAGUAGAAUCAAAAACGUACUGUCCUAAACAAACAAACAAAUGGGAGGGUGAGCUCAGUUUUAGUUGCUGAAUGAGUACAAACAAGCAUCCUUGGUGUGGAGUAACUUUGGAUUACUACUACCUCCUUAACUGGAAACUUGUAUACGUUUUCUUGGUGUGAAAGAGAGUCUUUACAACUUGUCCAAAUUUGUAGGCUUUGACAUCUUUUCGAAGCGGGUUCUGGAGCAAAGUCACUAAAAAAUUAUUGUGUUGAUUACUAAAACGGAUUCCUAGAGGUGAUUGACUUAAAUUUUUUAGUUUAGGUGAGGAAAUUAAGGUCACAUGCGCAGGAUAUACAUGUAAAGCACAUUUAAUUCACACGGAUUCACCUAAAGAAUCCCGGGAGUGGUAGUUUGCCCUCACGGAGUUGCAGCUCCCAGCAUCUUCAGCAAACUACAUUUCCCAGGGUUCUUUGAGGAAACAAUGUGCACUAAAAGUGUACCCAAUGUACAGUCUGGAUGUUGACCUUAAUCUUUGCAAAAUUGGACCUGGAACGGUCUCCCCACACAGGCCCUAGUGGAACCAGCGGGAGCACGGUAAACAAACAAAUGUCCGUAAUCAAUUGGACAGGCUGCUUCUGGUCCUAACCCUCAGGAAAAAGAAAGGUUUUGCAUGUACCACCACCUCUCUGUGUGUAUUUCCUCUAAAACCUCCUCCUCCCCAGUGGUACAGGGAUCUUCCGAUCUGCAGAGGUCUCUACAGAUGUGUAGUUCUAAGGCACCUCUGCGCCAGAGGAAGGAAGAGAAGACCCCAAAUGCAGGAACGAAAGCGGGAGCCAGAGGAGGAGACCUCACAGAGGUGCCAAGAUGACAGCUCAUUCCCCAACGCUUCUUUGAGCAUCACAGCUCUCCUUUAGGGGCGAUUCUGAGGGCCAAACUAAAUGUGGCGUUUAUUAGGUUGCUUGGCGUGGCACUGUUCAUUUGUCUUUAACCUGCUGAUGUGCUGGCGGGUGGCGGGGUCAAGCCAGAUCAGACUGGGGGGAGGGGGGGGAGAGAGGCUUUAACCUUCUGUUCUACCUGUGAACUCCAGUAGGAUCUCCCGUACCCUUUGGCCAUGUUUAUUGCAGUGGGAAGGAACACGCUGCCUGUGCAGUUAAAAGGAGUCGUGCAGUGCCACCACUAAACGUCACGUUUGGUUUGGUUCUGACUCAGUCCUUGUUCUGAGAUGCAUGGAGGAAGUGAAUCAGGAUCAAAAUGCACGUCACACUGGGCACAUCUUUGCAUUCAGCGUGCAGCUAUGUGGGGCAGGGAGCUGGUAGUGAUUAGGAUGGCGGCAGGUGCAGAGGGGCGAUUUAGCCCUCUCCCUCCCCAGAAGAAGGGAAACUCCCUUCUCCGGGCCAGCUGGUGUCUUUGGAGAGGCAGGGAGGCCCAACCGCAGGUGACAAUGACAGGCAGAGCCAGCAUAUCCAUCUCCCUGCUGAGUUUUAUAAUGGCAAAACCAGCCGAAAGAAGAAAGUGGGCAGGUGGGGGUUGGCCAAGGGCACAUUGAGGUUGAUGGGGCAGCGCCCUGCUUGCAUGAGUGGACCAGCCUCCAGUGAUUGACGUCAGUGGAGUAAGAAGUCUCCUUCCAUGCCUGCUAGGAUCUUAGUAAUUGUCAGCCCCUUUUCCCACCUGAAGGUAUUCGUUAAAUAACCCUAGAUGUUAAAUAUGAAGGCUCGUUAAUAAUUGCAUCUGGUUUUGAUGCUUGAGGAGACUCAGGAUGCCUUGGGCAGUCGAUUGUCUCCUGCACCCCUCCUGAGGUCUCCUCUCCUUUCCUUCCUCCUGCCCUGGCAAGACUUUUAUGGCGCUUUGGCAAGUGAUACAUGCAGUCGGCUCUAUGCUGGCUGAAGCAAGCCCUUUGACGAAGCUCGGGUGUGUGCCUUGAGGGAAGCAGGGGCUUCUCUCUCUCUCGAGAACUUCCAGUAUGUUUUCCCGGCUUGAUCUCUUCAACCUAUCUUUUAAAUUUUAUUAAUGAGAUAUUUUGGUUCUCCGCAAGGCUCUAAGCAGAUACUGGGCAAGACACCUGGUAGAUCCCUGUUGGGGCUGCAAAUAAAGAAUAGGAUGUUUGAAACCUUCCGCAUUUGAACUCUUCCUGGCUUCUUGAAAACUAGCACAUCACGCUAAACCUUUCUCCGCAAUGUGCUAGUUCCCCAAAUACAGCGAGGGUUUUAAUAAAACAAAUAAAGCAUGCUUCCAUCCCUUCCUCAGUCCAAAGUGGUACCUUCCUAACUGGGCACUAGCUGGCUGUAAUGCUUGGAUGGAUUCCUACUCGCACGAUCUAAAACUUGUAAAAGGGGUGGCCAUGUUUGUAGUGAUAGGCUAGGGGCAGGGGAUGGGGAAUCCUUUCCGAAGAACCUUUUAAGCUAUUUUUGAAACAAGCGGACUAGAAACUUGACUGCUGCGUCUUUCCUCUUCUGUUGUGGGGGGUUGGCUGGCGUGGGCGAAGGGCUCACUGCUGUUCUGUGGCCAGUCUCCACGCUUUCCGCAUCCAGGCAGAAUUUCUCGGCCUGCCACAGAUGAACCUGCGCGCGGUGCAAGGGGUCCGAGUGACAGCCAUCCAGGUUCUUCAGCGGUUCGGUUCAGAGAAAGAGUAGUCAUUUUUAAGUAGCUGAGAAUUCUCUAUUGUGAUGAACGUUUUAUAGAAUUUCUAACAUAGUUGGGUAAUAUUUUUUAUUGGGGAGGGAGGGACAUAUAUAUGUGUUUGUUUAUUUUGUUAUAUCCCCCCCUCUUAGUUUUUUAUUUUUAUGACACACUCAGAUGUACUAAACAGUCCUGUUUUAUGCUGCUGUUUUCAACAACUGACAUUCUGGCUUUUGGUCAGCCGAAACCUUUAUGGAAUUAAAAUAAUUUUGUUCUGAUUUCUUAUGUUUUGAAAUGUUUCCCCCACCCACUUCUCUUUCUCCUUAAUCCUGUUCUCUAAAUAUCACCAUUCAGUAUGUUACUUAACAUGCACUUCACUGUGAACUUUGUUGGGAUUUCUUUUUCUUUUUUAAGGGCGGGCGGGGACAAAACAUUUAAAACAUAGGAAUCCAUUUUCCUUUCCUCACCUGCUCUAAUGUACUAGUUCUCACUGCCCUUCCAGAGACGGAGCAACAUCCCAGGACUCUAGAUCCCUUGUAGGACCUCUCCCUGCCCCCAAACACCUUGCCUAGUACUGUAAUAGGAAGGAAUCAAUUUUCAUAGGGUACUUGGCGCCACCUGGUGGCCAUACCUGAUCUGUGAAACACUUAAAACUGCAAAUAAAUUGUUCUUGGUUUCUAAAAAGAA